UAUUAUCAUUUUUUUAUUUUUUUUUACAAGUCCUGACAUAUUACAAUCUUUGUUACGCUCGUCUGUAAAUAUUACUUUGAUAUUUUAUUUUUUUGCUGGGCCUCUUACUUAAACGCAAAUUGUGCAUUGGAAAAUUGCUAUAGCAAUCAUGAGCUAUUCACCAUCAACACAGCCCAACGUUACCAAGCCAGAUUGGCUGAGUCGAAUCGAAAAUAUGAAAGUCAACCGUAAAGACAUGAACAAACUUAUAAUGAACUAUCUAGUGUCCGAAGGAUUUAAAGAAGCAGCCGAAAAAUUUGAACAAGAAGCUGGUAUCAGUUCUCCCCUCAAAUUAAAUACGCUGGGAAAUCGUAUUAAAGUGAUCGAGUCUGUACAGUCAGGAAAAAUGCAAGAAGCUAUUACACUUAUCAAUCAAUUAUACCCAGGUCUACUAGAUGAUGAUCGUGAUUUAUACUUUCAUUUACAGCAACUGCAUCUAAUUGAACUUAUCAAAGAAGGCAACAUAGAAGAAGCUCUUGUAUUUGCCCAAGCUAAACUAUCAGAAGUAGGAGAAGGAAAUCCUACUAUACUCACAGAACUAGAAAGAACACUUGCAUUAUUAGCAUUCGAAGAACCUCAAAAGAGCCCAUUUGCGGACCUUCUUCAGACUACACAUAGACAAAAAGUAUCUAGCGAACUGAAUGCAGCAAUUUUGAGAUUUCACAACCAACCAACAAUUACACCCAAGCUUUAUAACCUUAUGAAGCUAAUAAUGUGGGCCCAAGAUGAGUUGGAUAGAAAAAAAGUUAAAUUCCCCCACAUGACCGAUUUUGGUUCAGCUACAUUGGAACCUCCUAAAUGACGCACAGUUAACGAGUACGACGACGUGUGUUGUGACUCUUUUUGGCUGUUUGAACAUAAGGAUUAAAUUUUGAAUAUUGUUUUUUUAAUAUUAAUUAUUCGUAAAUACUUUCCUAAUAAUAUUAUAUACAUCUAUAGGCAUGAAGCAUUAUUAUAAAAAAAAAUUAAGAAAAUCUAUACAUUUCAAUUUAUUUAUUGGAUUUUGUUAGGUUACAAAGUUUUUAAAUGUAUUUAUUAAGUAAGUUAUUAGAAUACUCAAGUUUUUCCAAUAUUAUUUGUAAAUCAUGUGACAUUUUACCAAAAAAUAUAUUGUAUAGUUUCAUUCAUUAGUAUUUAAUGUGUUCUAUAAUCCAAAAUUUACAUACAAUCUAUAUAAUUGGUAGUGACAGUGACUUCAAACAAUUUUAAGAGUGUAAUGAUUGCAUACUGAAGUAGAUAAUAUAGAAUGGGUAAUUACUCAGUCUCAAUUAAAGUUUAAGCUUUAAAAUGUAUCUGUAAAGAUAAAUAUAGUUGUAAAUACAUUCAUUGAAGAUCUGAUCCUUCCUUAUUCAUAGUGAAUAUUACCUCUUCUGUCUUCAUGUGAGUGAUCAAUCAAUGUUAUUUCUCUUUUAUAAAAACUUUUGUUAUUAUUUUUUGAAUAAACCUUAACUAUUUCA